AUGGAGGUGUCCAAUAACACCGACGCUGUUAAUCUUGGCGUUGGUGAGGUUGAAGCUGAAAUCGGUGAGGAAUUAAAACAGUUAGAGGAAGGAAAAGAUUACGACACUCGAAGUGAAGUAUCGAGUUCGUCCUCGAGUGACUCGAGCACUCCAAGCAUAAGUUCUGUUAGUACAGAAAAGUCGAAACGCACCUCUAAUCGUAAACGCACCAAGUCUGUGAGCCACUCUCCUGUCCAAACAAAACGACGAUGUGUAACAUCCACAACAAAUAAAAUAAAGACAUAUGAUUACAUGACUAAACUUAAUUAUUUGUUUAGAGAUACACGAUUCUUUCUUAUAAAAUCGAAUAAUUCUGAAAACAUUACAUUGUCGAAAGCAAAGGGUGUGUGGUCUACAUUACCACAGAAUGAAGCAAAUUUAAACCAAGCGUAUAGAGAAUCAAGAAAUGUUUUGUUAAUAUUUUCAGUAAAAGAAAGUGGUAAAUUUGCUGGUUUUGCAAGACUGGCAAGCGAGUCUCGUAGAGAUGUACCAUCGAUUUCAUGGGUUUUACCACCUGGACUUUCAGCAAAAGUACUAGAUGGUGUUUUUAAAGUUGACUGGAUUUGUAGAAAAGAACUCUCUUUUAGUAGUACUCUUCAUCUUUACAAUCCCUGGAAUGAAGGGAAACCUGUAAAAAUUGGUAGAGACGGGCAAGAAAUAGAGCCCAAGGUCGCUGAGGAACUCUGUAGGUUAUUUCCUGAAGACGAUGGCAUAGAAAUGACACCAAUAUUAAGAAAAUCUAAAGAGGCUUCUAAAAAGGCAUAUCUUAAAAGUGGUGGCAGCUACAGAACAUAUAGAGCACCAUUAUCUGCUAGAGGAUCGGGCUAUAGAAACCGUAUGGGUUCAUCGGGUAGAAACAGAAGAAAACUUUUUACUUCACCCAGAAAUAGAUUAGGCUCUGCCGGCUUUAAGAGAAGAUCCCCUUCACCUUAUAUGAGGGAUCGUUUACCGUCAUGGUUCGCUCGUAGCAGGGAGAGUUACAACAGUGGAGGAUCGGCAGCAGCAGAGGCCUAUGUCGCUGAAUACAUGCGUUCCAUGCACCAUCAACUGCCUCCAUUGCCAUAUGUUCCACCGCCUGGGUUCAGCGGUGCUCUUGCAACAUAUGACGGAUUACCACCACCCCCACCCCCACCACGCUACUAUGACCUACCAGACUACCCUCGAUCUGUACUGGUUUAUGAUAAAAGGUCAUACGAGCGCUCGGUAGAUGAAUUCCUAUGGAGAACAACAGACCGCACUACUGGACGCAGCCGGGAACGAGAUUCUCAUAGAUCUUAUAGAGAUCGAAGAUAA